AUGGCGUCUACAACAGGACUUACCCGGUCCACCUUUGCCAAACUUUCACCUCACCCGUAUCUGCUAGCCAACCUUGAGCCCUCCUCGGACAAUGUACGCCCAGCUCGAAGCAAUGGCCGAGCUAGAAACGAAGCACGUAUCCCAACAGUCAACGCAUCGAGCUUGUCACAUGCCAAUGGUAGCGCUGUAGUGCGCGUUGGUGACACUACCGUCAUUUGCGGUGUCCGCGGCGAGACUAUUCUGACUCCCAACAUCCCGAACUAUCGCGCCUCCAACACAGAGAACGAGUUGAAAGAGUAUGAUCUUUUGGUCCCAAACAUUGAGCUUGCCACUGGUUGCGCUCCUCAGUUUCUUCCCGGUGGCCCACCAAGCACUCUUGCUCAGACUCUCAGCACACGGAUAUACUCCCUUCUUCACAGCUCCAAGAUUAUCAAGCCCGAGGACUUGAGAAUAUGGCACACAACACCAUCUGAAGAUCUCGAAGACCGUAUGGAAGAGGACGAUGCAGACACAGCAAACGAGAACCGCUCUGUUGUGGCCUACUGGGUGCUUUAUAUCGACAUAUUUUUCAUCUCUUUUGACGGAAACCCCUUCGAUGCCGCCUGGGCUGCCACCAUGGCAGCUCUGCGAGAUACAAAGCUCCCUGGAGCACGAUACGAUGUGGACCGAGAGAUGAUUGUCUGCUCCCGAAAAGAUUCCAGGCCUUUGAGCAUCACCAACAUCCCAAUCGCAUGCACGGCAGUUGUCUUUACCGGCAAGGAAACUGACCGACCUACCGACGGCAAGUUUUGGUUGCUCGUCGACCCCGACAGACUCGAAGAGUCACUCUGCGACGAGAGUGUGACGGUUGUGGUGGAUUGCAAGGAGAGCGAUGUCAAGAUUUUGUCCAUCUCGAAGCACGGAGGAACUGCAUUGACUCCUCAGUUCCUCACCUCAGAUGCUUUCCUGGGCUGGGCUACAACGCGAUGGGAGGAUUUUAACAAUGCCAUCGCCCAAUCAUAG